UGUUCCUGAAUUCCAAAAUUUGGAUCGGACAUUGAAAACCCGCCAGUUCCAUUGCUGCAAGUUUAGAGAUAUGGGAACUAUGGAUUGUCAGUGUAACAUAGAGUUGAGGAUUGUUGUAGCUUUAACUAGAAAUGCAAGAGGAAUUGGAUUGCUUGGGAAGAUGCCUUGGAAACUAAAGAAAGAUUUGCAGUUUUUCAAAGAACUGACGUUGGGCAACCCGGUUAUAAUGGGUCGUAAAACUUGGGAGUCUUUGCCUACAGCGUCAAAGCCUUUGAAGAAAAGAUUGAAUGUCGUACUGACAAGUAACCCUACCUUAUUUCAAAAAAACUACUUGGAGACACUGACGGAUGAAGAUCGCACAGAGGAAGAAGGGUUGUGCCUAGCGUGCAACUCACUUGAGAGUGCACUAAACAUGUUAAGACUACGUUCUUUUCCCGUGGCAUACAUUAUCGGAGGUCGACAAGUUUUUGAAGAAGCCUUAGUGAAUCCUGCUUGUAGCCGCGUCUAUCUGACUAGAAUAUACGAAGACUUCGCUUGUGAUACUUUUUUCCCUUGUCUCCCCAAUUAUUUUCAACUAGUAUCAAACUCCGAAAUUUUUGAAGAGAAUGGUAUCAAGUUUGAGUUUUUAGAAUACCGAAGAGACAUGUACCUAACAACAGGAAUGAAUGAGAAUAGUGCACAUGGCAAAAGGCAGAAUAUUAACCCAUCGCGCCCACAUGAGGAAUAUCAAUACUUGGAGCUUGUCAGGAAGAUUGUGGAACAGGGUGUUUUCAAAAAUGACCGAACGGGAGUCGGUACCUUAUCCUUAUUUGGGCAUCAGAUGCGUUUCAGUCUACAGGGUCAGUUUCCUCUCCUUACAACAAAGAAGGUAUUUUGGAGAGGAGUUGUUCACGAACUUUUGUGGUUUAUCAGUGGCUCCACAAAUGCAAAGAAACUUAGUGAGAAGGGUAUUCACAUAUGGGACGAGAAUGCUUCCCGUGCUUUUCUAGAUAAUCAUGGUUUUUUAAACAGAGAAGAAGGGGAUUUAGGACCUGUGUAUGGCUUUCAAUGGCGUCAUUUUGGAGCUAAAUAUAGAAGCAUGAAUGAUUGCUAUGACAAUGAGGGAGUUGAUCAGUUAACCGACAUCAUCGAAACACUGAAACGGAACCCUAAUGAUCGUCGUAUGAUAUUGACAGCGUGGAAUCCAAGUGCAAUACCAGAAAUGGCAUUGCCUCCUUGUCAUAUAUUGGCACAGUUCUACGUAUCUAAUGACAAUCUUUCCUGUCAUAUGUACCAGCGUUCUUGUGAUAUGGGUCUCGGAGUCCCCUUUAACAUAGGCUCAUACGCUUUAUUAACCUAUAUGAUUGCAAAACUUGUUCAUUUAUCACCUGGUGAACUCAUUUAUAGUAUGGGUGAUGUUCACAUCUAUCAAAACCAUCUCGGUCCAUUGACCUUUCAGCUGAACAGAAAACCACGACCUUUUCCACGUCUCAUAAUCAAAGACCGACCUGACUUGCAAAAGAUUGAUGACUUUGUGUUUUCUGACUUUGAGUUGAUAGACUAUCAUCCUCAUUCUGUGAUUAAAAUGCCAAUGGCAGUAUAGUUGCCAUCAAAUGAUGGAAUAAUUCAGUCAAUAUUAUUUAUCCAUUCUGAAGAUUAAUCAUUCUCUUAUCUGCAUAGAAAGUAAAAGGAUAUUGGAUGGUCCCGAGAGUUCUGCGCGAAUAACAAUAAACCGUGUUUUCAUUGA